AUGAAGGACCCCCAUCCACUUACCAACAACUGGAUUAAAUCCCCCCGUAAAGAACCGGUGAUCAUCCCCAUGCAAAGCUCUCACAAGAAGUUCAAGAGAAAGUCUCGCGAACCGAAAAAAAUUUACAGUGAUUUUGAACCUGACGGGAUGAAAGCGUACGCGAUGGAUACGCCGGAGGGGGAUUUGCUGGAGGACCCUCAUUUGGAGCCUUGUAAUGUCACCAGGUUGGCUCCGAUCCACAGACACAUAAGAGUGUCACAUGAGGCGAGCGCCACCGGGAUUCUAUCAGGAGUGGUGGUAGCCCCGCCGCAGAGCAGCGCUUUGGACAUGAGGAUCGGCAGUGCCAUCGCUCCUAAACUGUCUCCGUUACCCAUCUCUCCGUUCGCUAAUCCGGAAAUUGUCCACUGGCCCGCGGCGAUAUCUCAGCCCCUCUCAAACAGAUUAAAACCGGGCCACCGCUCCAUAUUCCCCGUAACGCCCUCGUCCAACAACAUUCACAGUCUUUCACCCAACCGCCAAUCCUUUCCAAUUGACCCGUCCAUGUCAGGCCAAACUACAGCUCGGCCUGUCUCUCAAACCUCUCUGAACUCUCAAAGGCAAGACCAUGUAGAGCAACAGGGCCUUUCGCCAAAGGAGUCUUCUCGAAAGCGUGUAGGAAUGAGCGCCGACGGAACCGGACGUAUUCCAGAGGUCAAAGCCGUCCAACAGACGAGGAGGCUCCUAGCUAACGCCCGUGAGAGAACCCGCGUCCACACCAUCAGUGCUGCUUUUGAGGCCCUUAGGAAACAGGUGCCUUGCUAUUCCUAUGGGCAGAAACUAUCCAAGUUGGCUAUAUUACGGAUAGCGUGCAACUACAUCCUCUCCCUGGCGCAAUUGGCUGAAGUUGACCACACUCCUGGCCAUGGCAGUCAAAGCUUCUCUCAGUGUGUGGAACAAUGCACUAGGACCCUGCAGGCUGAGGGACGGAGCAAGAAGAGGAAGGCAAACGAGUUUUGCUGCAUUACCAUCACCUUCUGA